GGCCGGGUGGAACCGGUACGAGUACCCGUGAGUCUCGAUACAGUAUUGCAUUUCCAAGUUUUAAACAGUUCGUUCAAGACAUACCUACAACCCAGCAAUGCAACGUUGUGGCAGUUGACAGCAAAAGGGAACAUCUUGUUGCAGAACGUUAGCUGUCGGCCACGCCUCGGAAAACACACACAAUUAGCUUUCAUCUGGAUUUGACAGCGUUUAUUAACGCAGUCCAACAUGGCUGCCCAGUGUGUGACCAAGGUGGAGCUGACGGUGUCCUGUGAGAACCUCCUGGACAAAGACAUCGGCUCCAAGUCGGACCCUCUGUGUGUGCUGCUGAUGAGCAGCCCGGAUUCCCGCUGGUAUGAGGUGGAACGCACAGAGAAGGUCCAGAAUUGUCUUUGCCCAAAGUUUGCCAAAAAGUUUGUCAUCGACUACUACUUUGAGAUGGUGCAGAAAUUAAAAUUUGGAAUCUAUGACAUUGAUAACAAGACCAUUGAUCUGAGUGAUGACGACUUCUUAGGAGAGCUGGAGUGUACUUUGGGCCAGGUGGUGUCCAGCAGGAAGCUGACCCGGCCGCUGGUCUUAAAGAACAAAUCCCCCGCAGGAAAAGGCACCAUCACAAUCGCUGCUGAAGAGAUUAAAGACAACAGGGUGGCCAACUUUGAGGUGGAGGCGAGGAAACUGGAUAACAAGGACUUCUUCGGGAAGUCUGACCCGUACCUGGAAUUCUACAAGCAGACCCCAACUGGAUGGCAGCUGGCGCACAGGACCGAGGUGGUAAAGAACAACUUGAAUCCCACGUGGAGACCCUUCCGCAUCCCCCUGCAGUCUCUCUGUGGAGGAGACAUGGACAAAGCUAUCAAAGUGGACUGUUUUGAUUACGACAACGACGGCUCACACGAUCUGAUUGGGACCUUUGAGACCACGAUGACACGCCUUCAGGAAGCAGCACGCACCUCUCCGGCUGAAUUUGAAUGCAUCAACAGUAAAAAGAAGCAGAAGAAGAAAGGCUACAAGAACUCCGGCAUUGUGAGCGUGAAACAAUGCCAGGUGGUGAAGGAGUACACCUUCCUGGAUUACAUUAUGGGAGGCUGUCAGCUCAACUUCACUGUUGCAGUGGACUUCACCGGUUCCAACGGGGACCCCAGAUCACCCCAGUCCCUGCAUUACAUCAGCCCGCAGGGGGUCAAUGAGUACCUCUCGGCCAUCUGGUCUGUAGGCAACGUCAUCCAGGACUAUGACAGUGACAAGAUGUUUCCAGCCUUUGGCUUUGGGGCGCAGAUCCCCCCGACGUGGCAGGUUUCCCACGAAUUCCCACUCAAUUUCAACCCCACAAAUCCAUUCUGUGCAGGUGUUGAAGGGAUCGUGGAGGCCUACAGGGUCUGCCUGCCCCAGGUCAAACUUUACGGCCCCACCAACUUCUCUCCAAUCAUCAACCACGUGGCGUCCUUUGCACAUCAAGCCCUGCAGCAGAGCACUGCAUCUCAAUACUUUGUGCUGCUCAUCAUCACCGACGGCGUGAUCACAGACAUGGACGACACCCGCAACGCCAUCGUCAACGCCUCACGUCUGCCCAUGUCCAUCAUCAUCGUGGGAGUGGGCGGGGCCGACUUCACCGCCAUGGAGUUCCUGGACGGAGACGAUGGGCGUCUUCGCUCUAUGACCGGCGAGGCGGCCAUGCGGGACAUUGUCCAGUUUGUUCCCUUCAGGCAGUUUAAAAACGCCCCCAGCCAGGCUCUCGCGCAAAGCGUAUUGGCAGAGUUACCUCAGCAAGUGGCGUCCUUCUUUGGAUUAUUCCAACUGAAGCCUCCCCACCAGCCCCAUCCUUCAUAGGGGCCCCGAAGGAAGCACUGGCAAAGAGCGUGUUGGCCGAGGUUCCAGGGCAGCUUGUGGAGUUUUGCAACGUCAUGAAGCUGGCUCCGCCCAACACCAAUCCUGCCCCGAACCCUGCAGGUACCAUCUGAUGCAGCAGCAAACACGCCACGGCUCCAUACCACAUCCUGCCACUGUUCUUAGAGCGCCAUGAUGCCAAUAUACGUGUACAGCGUUUCCCUCAGGACUGCAAUCCAUAUGUGGAGGUGACAGGUCAGUCCUCAUUGAGACACGUGCUCUCAUGUUAGCGUCGCCAAGUCUCUUCACUAGAUCAUCAGAUUGGUUUUUUCUCUAAGUAUCAGGGCAAACGGGUAACAGCAGAGCCACAAAUAGAUGGCAUUAAACAGCCAGUUAGCUCUACAUUUGAACUAUCCCAUCGUAUAGCUGUCAGCUACCCUGCACACCUACCCGCUAGAGGUACCAUAUAGUCGUAUUGCUAUGCCUUUUUACUCUAAGUAUAUAUACAAAGUAUAUUUGUAAUGCUGUUUUGUACCAAUAUCACCAUUAUGCAAGUUUACUGCUGUGCCUGUAUUACCUAAUAGCUUCUACUAUGAUUUACUAUCAAUACUGCACAUAGCCUCCUCACACCCAGGAACAAGAAACACGUCUUUCUGGGUCUCAGGAGGUGGUUAAUAUGACAUGUCAUAGCGGUAGAAGACAUCAACCAGUAUUAAUAUACAGCAGGCAUGUAGAAGAAAUGAAAUAAAGCCAUGCUACACUUG